AUGACCUAUGCCCUCAAGACUGCGGAUGCAAAGUUCUUGAUGACAACUCCCGGCUCUAUCGAGGUAGCUGUAGCGGCAGCCGAAAAUACUGGUAUUCCACGGAAGCAUAUCUUCUUGCUUGAAGGGGCAGUGGAAGGCUACACCACAUUCAAACAGCUCCAGGAAAUUGGAAGAAGUUAUGGUGAAAGUGGGCAGGUGGCGCCAUAUCAAAUUCGACCAGGAAGAACGAAUAAAGAACUCUGUGGUUUUCUUAAUUUCAGUAGUGGAACUACCGGCUUGCCAAAGGCUGUCAUGCUUUCCCAUCACAAUGUGAUUGCGCAAUGCAUGCAGCUGAAAAUGAUUACUCCACCCGUUGGCACCAGGACAGCCAUGGGUGCCCUUCCCCUUUUCCAUAUCACCGGCCUUGUCAAGUUUAUGAACUGCCCCAUAUUUUUCAAUGAUGAGCUCGUCAUGCUCCCACAAUUCAACAUGGAACUCAUGCUCCGGACCAUCGUUGAAUACCAAAUCAGCGAGCUCACUCUCGUCCCACCCCUCGUGAUCCGCCUCGUGAAUGACCCCAUCGUAGCUAACUACGAUCUUUCCUGCGUAAAGCGGAUAUCCUGCGGUGCAGCGCCGCUCAGCGAACAGCUCACUCAACUCCUCCAAAAGAAGUUUCCACAAUCUGGAUUCAAACAGGGGUACGGAAUGACCGAAUCCUGCUCAUGCAUUACGUCCCAUUCCCCAGAGUAUUAUGAUUAUAAAUACGCCAACACGGUCGGAAACAUCGUCGCCUCCACCGCCAUCAAGAUCAUUGACGAUCAGGGCAAGGAACUUGGAUACAAUCAGCCAGGUGAGAUUCUCGCCAAGGGCCCCCAAAUUGCCAUGGGAUAUCUUGACAAUCCCACCGCCACGGCCGAAGCCUUUGACAAAGAUGGUUUCCUCCACACUGGCGACAUUGGGUAUAUGACGGAGGACGGCCUUCUGCGUAUCGUCGACCGUAUCAAGGAGAUGAUCAAAGUCAAAGGCAUCGCGGUUGCACCGGCGGAGCUGGAAGAUCUACUGCUUGGCCAUCCGGACGUUGCAGAUUGCGCAGUGCUGGGCGUCAAAGACGAUUAUGCGGGCGAAAGGCCCAAAGCAUACGUUGUGUUGAGAGAUGGGCUGAAGCCUUCGGAGGAAGUGGGAAGGCAGUUGAUGAAAUAUGUCAAGGAGCGAAAAGCGAGAUUCAAAUGGGUAGAGGAGAUUGAGUUUGCAAAUGCGGUGCCAAAGAGCCCGAGUGGGAAGAUUCUGCGGAGGAUCUUGAGAGAGCAAGACAGGGGCGGCCAAAAUAGGGGCCUCGUGGUGAAGGAUGAUGGGCAGGGAAAGCCAGCAGCGAAGCUGUAG